ACCCAACUCUCUUCACGUGACACACAGACUCAGAGACUCCAUCAAUCAAGCUCCCAGAAGCAGACACUCCCUCUCACUCUCACUCUCUCACUGGUCACUACAUUCUAGACAGCUGCUCCGCAACCACCCUCCAUGGCCCCUCUACUUCCCACUUCAAACCCAAAACCCUCAUCCCACUAAACCUCGCAAACCAUCCACCCCAAAAACAACAAUGCCCAUCAUCACUCUCCUCCUCCUCUUCGCCGCCGUCCACUCCCAGUCCCAACCCCUCUCACCAGACCUCCUCCUCCCCUCCUCCGACGCCGUCGCCCUCCUCUCCUUCAAGUCCCACUCCGACCUCGACAACCGCCUCCUCUACACCCUCAACGAGCCCUUCGACUACUGCCAAUGGCAAGGCGUCAAAUGCGCCCAGGGCCGCGUCGUCCGCUUCGUCCUCCAGUCCUUCUCCCUCCGCGGCACCCUCGCCCCCCACACCCUCUCCCGCCUCGACCAGCUCCGCGUCCUCAGCCUCCACAACAACUCCCUCUCCGGUCCCCUCCCCGACCUCUCCUCCCUCUCCAACCUCAAGUCCCUCUUCUUGAACCGCAACUCCUUCUCCGGUUCUUUCCCUCCUUCAAUCCUCGCCCUCCACCGCCUCCGUGCCCUUGAUCUCUCUCGCAACAACUUCACCGGUUCGAUCCCCGUUCUCUUGACCGCUCUGGACCGGCUCAACUCCCUCCACCUCGAGUUCAACCGGUUCAACGGCUCCUUCCCGGCUUUAAACCAGUCCUUCCUCACCGACCUCAACGUCUCCUCCAACAACCUCACCGGCCCGGUCCCGGGCACCCCCACUCUCUCCCGGUUCGACAGCACCUCGUUCCAGCUCAACCCCGGCCUCUGCGGCGAGAUUAUGAACAAGGCCUGCAGCUCACGCUCACCCUUCUUUGAAUCCCACAAUGCCACCUCGCCGUCGGAGCCUUUAGGGGAGAGUGCACAGUCACAAGGAGCGGUGGUGCUGUCUCCGCCCUCUCCAACAAGGCACAAGAAAACCGGUCUGGUUCUCGGAAUAUCAAUAGCAGUUGCAUUUAUGUUUGCUGGUCUCUUAUUCGUGUUUGCAGUCAUCAGAAACCGAACAUCCGGGACUGAAGCCGAAAUUAGGCCCUCGAAACCGUCCCCAAGUGAAGACAGGGAUCCAUAUCCCGCCGCCGUCUCAGUUCAAAAAGAUGAGAGGCCCAAAGAAGUACCCAAAGUAGUUGCUCAUUACGAGGAAGCUCAAACUAGAGUGAUACCCAAGAGCGGGAACUUGGUGUUUUGCUAUGGGGAGACCCAGUUGUACAGCUUGGAGCAACUGAUGAGGGCCUCGGCGGAGUUACUUGGGAGAGGAACCAUCGGAACGACGUACAAGGCGGUGCUGGAUAACCAGCUGAUAGUGACGGUGAAGAGAUUGGACGCGAGUAAGACUGCCAUUACGAGCAGGGAGGUUUUCGAUCAGCAUAUGGAAGCCGAGGGUGGGUUGCGCCACCCCAAUUUGGUUCCGGUCAGGGCUUAUUUUCAGGCCAAGGGAGAGAGGCUGGUCAUGUAUGAUUACCAAACCAAUGGGAGUCUCUUCAAUCUCAUCCACGGUUCAAGAUCGAAUAGAGCAAAGCCUCUUCACUGGACGUCGUGCUUGAAGAUAGCUGAAGACGUGGCUCAAGGCCUUGCUUACAUUCACCAAGCGUCGACGUUGAUCCAUGGCAAUCUCAAAUCGUCCAAUGUGCUUUUGGGAGCUGACUUUGAGGCCUGUCUCACGGACUACGGUCUGGCUCUGUUUGCAGACUCUUCUGCCAGUGAAGAUCCUGAGUCUGCAGGGUAUAAAGCUCCUGAGACGAGGAAGUCCAGUCGCCGAGCUACAUCCAAGUCAGAUGUGUAUGCGUAUGGCAUCCUCUUGCUAGAGCUUUUGACGGGUAAACAUCCGUCCCAACAUCCUCCGCUUGUUCCCAUGGAUGUGGGGGAUUGGGUUAGGGCAAUGAGGGACGAUGAUGUUGGGGAUGAUAAUCAACUUGGGAUGCUGACCGAGGUUGCUUGUAUAUGUAGUUUGACAUCUCCAGAACAGAGACCGGCAAUGUGGCAAGUGUUGAAGAUGUUACAGGAGAUUAAAGAGUUUGUGAUGACAGAGGAUAAUGCAGGUGUUGGAUUUUCCUAGUAGAAAGUCUGAAGUUUUGCGAGAUUGUAUUCAAAGAAGGAAAUCAAAAGCAGGAGGCAGUGUCGUUGCACUUAUCUCUUGGAGGGUUUCCUGAGAAGAAGUUUCUAAUGGCAACUUGAGGGCCAAGUUUGAACAACUCUUAUAGGCCAGACUUAAGGAAUUUCAUAUAAUGGCAUUCCUACCAUCUGUUAAUGUGCAGAUGUAUAAUGAAUUUAUAAACGGUUAUGAUUCUUUCUUUC